CGCUGGGAAAUCGUUGCUCGGAAAGAGAAGAGAAGUUCCAGGGGGAGGAGAGUGGAUUGGUCGAGCGGUUUCGAAAAAAAGAUUCGAUCCACCAACAACAAGAAGAAGAAUCCUCUUCCCUGCUCGGCUGCUGUGUUGCGCGCACAGGAACGAGAGAGACGCAAAGGCAAAAGGUAGGGGAUGCGAAGGAAAGACGAGGGAAUCUUCGUUUCGCCCUAUAUAAGCGGCGUCUCCUCGCCGAUCCAGCCGUAAUCGUCCCGUGCGCUUCGAAAACAAGCAUGUUGAAAACGCUGUUGCUCGCCGGAUUGUUGGCCGUUGCGUCGGCCGCCCCAGCGCCGACACCGCUCGCGCCGGCCGCUCUGCUCUCCGCCGCCCCGCUGCCGGCCGCUCCAUUGCCAUCACCCGUCAUCUCCAACGUCGGCUCGCCUCUACUCUACUCCAACUACCCGGCGUCCAUCUCGCUUGGCUACGCGCCUGCCGCUUCCUACCUUUACAAAAGCUACGUGAUCUAAUACGAGGAGACGUAAGGUGUUUCUACGAGGAUCGGAUCGAAAUAAGAUCGAUCGUUUCGCAUUUUCAUUCGAAAGGAAGGAAAGGAAAAAUCAACAAAAUCGUCUCUGUACUUUCCUUGCGAUGUAUAUGUCCAAUCUUUUUCGUCCAUUUUUUU